GAGGCCCUGUCAGGCUGGCCCACCUUGAUCGCCCCCAGCGCCGGGGGAGAUGCCCCUCCUUCCUCCGCUCGGCGGACGGAGCCGCUCCCCGGAUUUGGCAGUUUUGUUGGAACACGGAUCAAAGAUGGCAGAGCAAAAUUCAGCUGGCCCUAAAGCACAAAGCGAACGUGGUGCCAUUAAGACUGGGAACAAUGAGGAAUUCCUGGAAAGAACUGCGGAGAAGAUCCAGGGUGAGGAGCAAGUCAGCUCACAUUUGCAGCUCCAGCAUUUUAGGCAGUUCUGCUAUGAGCCAGCUGAGGGCCCCCGAGAAGUUUGCAGCCAGCUGCACAGUCUUUCCCGUCAGUGGCUGAAGCCGGAGCGACACACCAAGAACCAAAUGCUGGACCUGGUGAUCCUGGAGCAGUUCCUGGCCAUCCUGCCGGCGGAGAUGGCCAGCUGGGUGAGGAAAUGUGGAGCGGAGUCCUGCUGCCAGGCGGUGGCCCUGGCGGAGGGCUUCCUCCUGAGCCAGGCCGAGGACAAGAAGCAGGAGGAGCAGCAGGAAAACCGCCUGCUUGCGGAAGUGAUCCCGGAGUUCCCUGCAGGAGAGAAAGCCCAAUCGGAUACCUGGCAGAGGCCCCCACAAAGGGUUCUCAGCCAGCGAGGUCGUGGGCAGGCCACCUUGGAGGGGGCUGGACUGACGCUUGCAGCAGCUGCUCCGCCGUCUCUGCCUCUUCCUGAUGGCGUGGAACCGGAUCAGGGACCUGUGACUUUCGAGGAGGUCGCCGUGUGCUUCACGCCGGAGGAGUGGGCCCUGCUGGAUGCUGGCCAGAGAGCCCUGCACCGGCACAUCAUGGAGGAGAACCUUGGGAUCGUGGCCUCUCUCAAAGAAGGCAGAUGGGAAGAGGAAAAGAGAAGAGAACCAUGUGGAAUGUCACGAAAAAGAGGGAAAUGUAAAGAAAGCAUAGAGCAGAGAAGGAAAACGAAAGUUAAUUGCAGUAGGAGAAAUCAUUCCUUUGCCUUUGAGGACAAUGGCUACUAUGAUCUUGAAAUUCAAGAAGAAAUACAGAAAAGGCAGCCAAAUGAGGAGUUCCAACUCACCAGGAAAAUAUUGAAUUCUGAAUCAAAAAAUAAAGCUCAUUCCAAAAGUCAUACAUUCAAGGAACCAUAUAAAUGCCUGGAAUGUGGAAAGAGCUUCAGUCAAAAGGCAAAUUUCACUUGUCAUCAAAGAACUCACACAGGAGAGAAACCAUAUCAUUGUUUGGAGUGUGGAAAAAGUUUCAGUCAGAAGAGGAGUCUCAUUGAACAUCAAAGAAUUCACACAGGCGACAAACCAUAUAAAUGCUUGGAAUGUGGAAAGAGCUUCAUUCGGAAAAGAACUCUUACUCGCCAUCAAAUAAUUCACAGAGGGCAGAAAAUAUAUAACUAUCUUGAGUGUGAAAAGAACUCUUUUCAUAAGAUAAGUUUAACUUUUCAUAAAAAAACUCACACUGCAGAAAAAACACACUAUUGUUUGGAAUGUGGUAAGAGUUUCAGUCAAAAGACUUAUCUCACUUCUCAUCAACAUAUUCACACUGGGGAGAAACCAUUUAAGUGCAUGGAGUGUGGAAAGAGCUUCAGGCAUAAGAAAACUCUCACUUCUCAUCAACGUAUUCACACAGGUGAAAAACCAUACAAAUGUUUGGAGUGUGGGAAGAGUUUUAGGCAUAAGAAAACUCUGACUUCUCAUCAGAGAAUCCACACACGGGAGAAACCAUAUCAUUGUCUGGAGUGUGGAAAAAACUUCAGUCGGAAAACAAUUCUCACGCGCCAUCAAAGAACCCACACGGGGGAGAAAAAGUAUAAGUGUUUUGAAUGUGGAAAGAGCUUCCGGCAUAAAUCAACUCUUACUUCUCAUCAAAGAAUCCACACAGGGGAGAAACCAUAUGAAUGUUUUGAGUGUGGGAAGAGUUUCACUCGGAAAACAUACCUCAAUUCUCAUCAAAGUACUCACAGUGGGGAGAAACCAUAUAAUUGUUUGGAGUGUGGAAAGAGCUUUGGUCGAAAGACAUAUCUCACUUCUCAUCAAAGAAUACAUGUGGGAGAAGACAUUCUUUACCUCCUCCCGGGGGGCGGGACGUGGGUCCUCCUGCAGGUGCUGCGUGGGGCUCCUCUGCGGGGCCAGAGGUCUUGCCGGGUUAACCGGGUCCUGCUCCCGCUCCGCAUAGGGGGGUCCCCUGAUGCAACUCUGCAUGUGACUCGGACGCUCCUCCUUUUUUCCUGGUCUAGCCAGACUGACAGCAGCAAGGAAGAGUGGCCUGGGGGAGACGAGGUUCCCCCCCAAGGCCAGGCCUCCCGUGAGGCAGCUGAGUGGGGACCCAUCACAAGGGGGCAAAACCAAUCCUUAGUAGGACAAUCUGAUGCAGCAAUAUUUGCCCAGAUAAGGAGGAGGAACUGUUCCUUAGGCAGUGUUGGCGGUGUUUUGGAACACAGACGCAAGAUGGCCAAGCAAGAUUCAGCAGGCUCUGAAGCACAAAGACACUGUGUCUUUAAGAGUGGGAGAAUUGGAGAACUCAAGGAAAGAGCAGUGCAAAAUGUCCUGGGUGAGGACAUGGUUGAUCCAUAUCUGCAGCUCCAGCGAUUCAGGAAGUUUCACUACCAGGAAAUGGGGGGACCCCGUGAAGUGUGCAACCAACUCUGCCAUCUUUCCCGUCAGUGGCUGAAGCCAGAGUGUCACACGAAGAACCAGAUGCUGGACCUGGUGGUCCUGGAGCAGUUCCUGGCCAUCCUGCCAGCAGAGAUGGCCGGCUGGGUGAGGGAAUGUGGAGCAGAGACAUGUUGCCAGGCGGUGGCCCUGGCGGAGGGCUUCCUCCUGAGCCAGGCUGGGGACAAGCAGCAGGAGCAGCAGGCAAAGAGUCUGUUUGCAGAAGUGACACCUGAAUUCCCAGCAGCAGAGGAGGCUCCACCAGAGACCAGACAAGGGGGGAUCAGGCAGGAGGGUGAUGAAGGAGGCUUGCAGGGGCCUGGACCGGUGCCAGUGGAGGUGACUUGGACAUCUCUUCUUCACGAUGGAGUGAAACUGAUUCAGGUGGAGGAAGGAACACUGGAGAGGCAGGCUCUGGUGACCUUUGAGGAGGUUGCUGUUUGCUUCACGGAGGAGGAGUGGGCCCUGCUGGAUCCUGACGAGAGAGCCCUGCACCGCCAGAUCAUGGAGGAAACCCAUGGGUUCGUGGCCUCUCUCCAAAAUAACAGGUGGGAAGUGAAGACUGAAAGAGAACCAUAUGGGGUGUCCCUGAAAAAAGACAAAUAUAAAGAGAGCAAAGAGCAGACAAAGAAAAUUAUACAUAAUCAGAAUUGGAAGAAUAAUUCUUUUACUCCCCAGGGUAAUGGUGACCAUAGUAUUACAGUCCAAGAAAAAAUCCAUGAAAGACUGGAAAAGGAUCAGUGCCUUAUCAGUAGAAAAACUUGCCAUUCUGAAUCUAACAUUAAAGCCGAUUACAAAAUAUACACAUUAAAGAAACCAUAUAAAUGCUCUGAGUGUGAAAAGAGCUUUGAUCAGAAAGUAGCUCUCACUUGUCAUCAAAGAACUCACAAAGGAGAGAAAUCAUAUAAAUGCCCGGAGUGUGGAAGGAACUUCAAUCGGAAGACCCAUCUUACUUCCCAUCAAAGAACUCAUACAGGGGAGAAACCAUACCACUGUCUACAAUGUGGAAAGAGCUUCAGUCACAAGAUAACACUUACACAGCAUCAAAGAACCCACACUGGGGAGAAACCAUUCCAUUGUUCAGAGUGUGGAAAGAGCUUCAGUCAGAAGAAACUUCUCACAUGUCAUCAGAGAACUCACACAGGGGAGAAACCGUAUCAGUGCUUGGAGUGUGAAAAGAGCUUCAGUCAAAAAAUAAGUCUCACUCAACAUAAAAGAACACAUACAGGGGAGAAACCCUAUCAUUGUUCAGAGUGUGGGAAAAGGUUCAGUCAGAAGACAACUCUCUCUCAGCAUCAAAGAACUCAUACAGGGGAGAAACCCUAUCGUUGUUUGGAGUGCGGAAAGAGCUUCAGUCAGAAUCAACAUCUUAGUUCUCAUCAGAGAAUACACACAGGGGAAAAACCAUAUACUUGUUUGGAGUGUGGAAAGAGGUUUAGUCGUAAGGUAGCCCUCAUAUAUCAUCAAAGGUUGCAUACAGUAGUGAAAGCGUAUUAAUGUUUGGAGUGUGGAAAGAGUUCCUCUCAGCAGCUAAGAAUUCACAAAGGCUCGCGUGUGUGCCGGAACAGCGCCGCUACUGGUCCCCCACAGCCCUCGCCACGCUUGAUCACCGCUGGAGAAGGGUCCAUUGGUCGUCGUAGGAAUAGAAGGGCAAUUGUGUUCCUAUCUCCUCAGCACACAAGAGUCUUCCGAUGGUUUUUUCUACAGCAUUCUGGGGCCCAAAUGGCAGAGAACGUCGUGAGGGAGGACGCAGGAAGCUCACACAGACGCAUCCAGUAUGAUCCGACGAAGGGCCCCCGAGAAGUUUGCAGCCAGCUUCACCAUCUUUCCUGUCUGUGGCUGAAGCCAGAGCGACAUGGGAUAAUUCAAAUGCUGGACCUGGUGGUCCUGGAGCAGUUCCUGGCCAUCCUGCCGGCGGAGAUGGCCAGCUGGGUGAGGGAAUGCGGAGCAGAGACGUGCUGCCAGGCGGUGGCCCUGGCGGAGGGCUUCCUCCUGAGCCAGGCCGAGGACAGGAGGCAGGAGCAGCAGCAGCAGGUACAGAAUCUAGGUGCAGAUGUGAGGUUUGCUUUCUCUUCAGCAGAGGUGGCUGCAUCAAGCCCCGGACGGAGCUCCAAACAAAGGGGGACCUGGCAGGAGGGCAGCAGCUGCGUCACCCUGCACGGAGCUACAGCAACCUCAACAGUGGGUGCUUGGCCAUCUUUUCUUUCCAACGGAGUGGAACCUGAUCAGGGUCACGUGUCUUUUGAGGAGGUCACCGUGUGCUUCAUGGAGGAGGAGUGGGCCCUGCUGGAUGCCGACCAGAGAGCCCUGCACAGCCAGAUCAUGGAGGAGAACCGAGGGACCGUGGCCUCUCUCGAAAAUGACUGGUGGGCAGUGGAGAAUAAGAAAAAACUAUGUGGGAUUUCACCGAAAAGAGAUGCAUGCAGAAACAUCAAAGAGCAGAAAAGGAAAAUUAAACUAAAUCACCAUAGGAGCAAUAAUUCCUUUGCUUGUCAGGGCAAUAAUUACAAUGAUAGCACAAUCCAAGAAGAAAUAUAUGAGAGACUGGAAAAGGCUCAGUGCCACAAACCUAAGAAAACUUUCACUCCUGACCCAAAUGAUAAAAGUCAUUCCAAAAGACAUGCAUUGAAGCAGCAUUCAUGCAAGGAGUGUGGAAAAAGCUUCAGUCAGAAGAAAUACCUAACUUGUCAUCAGAGAACCCACACAGGGGAGAAACCAUAUCACUGUGUGAAGUGUGGAAAAAACUUUAGCCACAAGAAAACACUCAUGUAUCAUCAAGGAGUUCACACGGGAGAGAAGCCAUUUCAUUGUUCAGAGUGUGGAAAGAGCUUCAGGUUGAAGAAACUUCUAAUUUGUCAUCAAAGAACCCACACCAGGGAGAAACCCUUUUAUUGUCUGGAGUGUGGAAAGAGCUUCAGUUGGAAAGGAACUCUCACUCAGCAUCAAAGAACUCACACAGGAGAGCAACCCUUUCAUUGUCUGGAGUGUGGAAAGAGCUUCAGUCGGAAAGGAACUCUCACUCAGCAUCAAAGAACUCACACAGGAGAGCAACCCUUUCAUUGUCUGGAGUGUGGAAAGAGCUUCAGUCAGAAGACCACACUCAGCCAGCAUCAAAGAACUCACACUGGAGAAAAACCAUAUCAGUGCUUGGAGUGUGGAAAGAACUUCAGUCGGAAGAAGUAUCUCAGUUCUCAUCAAAGAACUCACACUGGGGAGAAACCAUAUCAGUGCUUGGAGUGUGGAAAAAGCUUCAGCCAUGAGAUAACUCUCAUUCGUCAUGAAAGAUCACACAAAGGGGAGAAGCCAUUUCAUUGCUUACAGUGUGGAAAGAGCUUCAGUCAGAAUAGUUACCGUUGUUCUCAUCAAAGAACUCACACAGAGGGGAAACCUUAUACAUGCAAGGAGUGUGGAAAGUCCUUCAUUCAGAAGAUACAUCUAACAUAUCAUCAAAGAACUCACACCAGGGAGAAACCAUUUAAUUGAAGAAAAAACUUUAGUCAGAACGGAACUCUGAUUGAGCAUCAAAGAACUCACACAGGAGAGCAACCACUGCACUGUCAUUUUAUUCACAUUUUGUAAACCAUUCUACAUUUUGUAAACUAUUUUGAGAUCGAUAUGCUAAUCAAACCAUAUAGAAAUCCUCUAAAUAAAUAAAUUGCCUGGCGUGUGGAAAGAACUUUAGUCGGAAACCCAUCCUCACCCAGCAUCAAAAUAUAGAAGACCUUGGAGCAAGGAACGAGCUUCAAUCAUGAGAUCGUUCACUUCUCAGCAAAUAAAUAACCUCCUGUAUAAUUUCUCAA